AGUUUUUAUAGAUAUAUGUUAGAUAUUUUAAGAAUAACAAUAUGAUUCUUAAUUGCCCAGUGGGUAGCAGGCUUUAUCCAUGUCCAAUAUACCCAGAUUCAAGAUCAGGAAUGGUUUUAUUAGUUGUUUUUAAUUUUAACGUAUUAAUAAGGAUAGAAUAGACAUUUCGUAUUCAUCUUCUUUCUCAAUAUCUCCGACCCAAACCCUAACAAUGGCGGCCACUUCUUUUUUUUUCGUUAUUUCCAUUGUUUUCUUCCGUUUUCCUUUGCAUAUAUAGGUACAAUUAUUAGAUAUACUAAAGAACCUUCGAUUUUUAAGUUUAAAUGAACAAAAUCUGGAGUUUUUUAAGAUCCCCGAGUUUUUGUCCGAUUAAGACCAAAUCGCGGCGGCCGGAGACCGACGAACGAUUUUCCAGAGACUAAGCGGUCCUGGGCGCCGUGUUUUUGAACAGAGGUUUUUACUUACUUCAUUUAUAUGAAUAUACAAAGUUAUAUUGAAUGAAGUUGUCAUCGCACAUGUCUUUUUUAGAUUCUGAGAUUGGAUCUAGUGGACUCAAUUGAAUAAGUUAAUUAUGAUAUUACAAACUAUCAAUCAAAUAAAUGGUUAAUAAGUUGAUUAGGGACAAAAAUCUCAUUUAUAUUAGACGUAAAUCGAGAUUAAAAGGUUACAAAUGAGAAAUAAGUUUGAUUUUGAAUUGAGUUAGCUAUAUAAUGAAUAUCGAGGUCGCUCAGUUUUCUUCUUUAAAGAAAUCUUGCAUGAAAAAAAAAACCCGUUCAUUUGGUUCGGUUAUUUCAUGUUGGGUUGGGAUAUUUUAGUUUUUUUGAAAAACCAAAAUUUUUAUUGCUGAAGUUUAUUGUACGUAAAAAUUUACAAUUAACUUAACUAGUUUUUUAAAUUUUUAAUAGGUUAGACGAUUAAUAGGUUUUGAAACAAAACAUUGAAAAUAGAAAGAUACUAAUCUAAUUGUUUUUUUUUUGAUAAAGUAAUAUAAUUCUUGUUUUGAGAAUUUGGAUGUAACUUUUGUUGACGCGUGAAACAAAAAGGUGGACAUGCAUUUUAAGUAAAUAACAAAUCACUUUGUAUGAGACUAUAUGUAUAUUAUUUGAUCUUGAGUCAUGUACGAUAUUAAUAUAAAUAUUUUGAAUAAAAUAAGAUAAAUAAAAUAGAAAUAUAUGCUUAAGUAUACAUAUGCUCAGUUAUUUUCAGAAAUUCGUUGACUUUGGAUAUUAUCCAUUCAAAUUUGAAUAUUCAAUUUUUCCUAACUCGAUAUAUGUUCGGAUAUUUGUUUCUUUGGUUCGGGUUCGGAUUCGGAUUCGGAUUCGGAAUCGGGUAUGCCUAUUACCUUAGCAGACGGGUAAAUGAUAUUUGACGUAAGAAAAAAAAAAAAAGUUGAAUAUCAGGCCCACCAAAGGGCCAGGGUGGAAGAGAAUCAUGAAUGAGCUGACCAAAAUAGAAAUGGAUCCGUUAAAAUUAAAACAGAAGCGGAAAUCACAAAAUGAAGGGAGUUCUAGAAAUAGAAAGGGAGAUGGGAAGAAGAGGAAGAAGACGGAGACAUGUGUCUGAAGAGAGUCCGGCUCUUUAGGAUCUCAAUAAUUCGAGUACGUUUUAUUUAAAAUAUUUCGGAUUAUGGAUUCGCUGAAAAUGAUGUUCUGAUGCUGAUGAUGAUGAUGUUGGGAUUUUAAGAGUAUUGUUAUUGAUUCAUGUCCGUUCAUAGACAUGGUUCUUUGUGUAGUUUCAUAUUGGUUUGGUUUGGUUUGAGACAAAAAAGAAAGUAGAGAGGAUUGGAAUUGGAUGUUUUGCUGUGCAUUUAUGUGGAAAUCCGGAGGAGAAGAUUUGCAAGGUUUCUAUCCUGUUCGUCCUGAAUGUCAAUCUGAUGUUCCCAGGACCCGCUUCAAAUCAAGGGCUGGAAAGACACUGAGUGCUAGAAGAUGGCACGCUGCCUUUACUGAAGAUGGCCAUUUGGAUAUGGAAAAAGUUCUCAGACGUAUUCAGCGUGGAGGCAUUCAUCCCUCCAUCAAAGGCGCUGUUUGGGAGUUUUUGUCUGGAUGCUACGAUCCUGACAGCACUUUUGAUGAAAGGACCAAGCUCAGGGAUCUAAGAAGGGAGCAGUACGGUUCAUGGAAAGAAGAAUGUAAGAAUAUGGUUCCUGUCGUUGGUAGCGGCAAGUACAUCACAAUGGCUGUCGUUUCAGAAAAUGGCCAACCCAUAGAAGACUCCUCUGUUGAAAAUCAAGGAUGGAUCGUGAAAACCGCUGUUACAGACGAUAGGACGCUCCAAUGGAUGCUCUCACUGCAUCAGAUCGGCCUUGACGUUGCUAGAACAGAUCGGUAUCUUUCCUUCUACGAGAAUGAUAUCAAUCAAUCAAAACUAUGGGAUGUUCUUGCCAUAUAUACUUGGUUGAAUCUUGAUAUCGGUUAUGUUCAGGGAAUGAAUGACAUAUGUUCUCCAAUGAUCAUCCUCUUUGAGGAUGAAGCUGAUGCUUUCUGGUGCUUUGAGCGUGUAAUGAGAAGACUGAGAGAGAAUUUCAGGGCAACCGCAACAUCAAUGGGUGUCCAGACACAGCUAGGUGUGCUCUCACAGGUCAUUAAAACGGUUGAUCCUCGGCUCCAUCAACAUCUAGAGGAUCUGGAUGGUGGCGAGUAUUUGUUUGCUAUAAGGAUGUUGAUGGUCCUUUUCAGGAGAGAAUUCUCCUUCCUCGACGCUUUGUACCUUUGGGAGCUGAUGUGGGCAAUGGAGUAUAAUCCAAACAUGUUUGCAACAUACGAGGAGCUUGAAAACCGAAACAACAACAACGCAGCAGACGACCCCAAGUUACUAAAACGUUAUGGCAAGUUUGAGAGGAAAUACGUGAACAGCGGAAACAACGAGCGACAUAGCAAUACCAUUGCUGUUUUCGUGGUCGCUAGCGUUCUUCAGACAAAGAACAAACGUCUCUUGAAGGAAGCUAAGGGCUUAGACGACGUUGUUCAGAUACUAGGAGACAUCGCGGGUAAUCUUGACGCCAAAAAAGCGUGUAAAGAAGCGUUGAAGAUCCAUGAAAAGUUCCUCAAAAAGGCUAAUAGGCAAUGAAGAUUUGCUUCCACUUUAUAUAUAUACCACACAGAGAUAUUUUCUCAUAUAUUUUUUGGUUUAAUGGGAAAGUUGUUCAUCGCCUGCUGGAUGAAAAAGAUCUCAUGAUUCGUUUCUUCUUUUAUUUGUUCAUUUUCUUAUAAUUAUGUUAAAUAAAUGGGUAUGCAUUGUUGAUGAAACUGUGCGCCUUUUGAGUUCUAAGGAUAAAUAAUUUUUCAAUUUGCUUUGCUUUGCUUUGAAAAAAAAUAUAGAUAUCUGAUUUUUCGGGUUCUAGAAAAUUUAGAAAUAUUUACGAAUAUUUACAGGUAUCUCAUCGACUUUGUUCAAUACAAAUAAAUCUAAAAGAACUAUACAAGUUUGUUGAAAAAAAUCUUUUGCAUAAUAUAAAAUAAAAAUUAAUGAUUAGUAAAACUAUAUAUUCCAUAAAUUAAAAAAAAAAUUAUAAAAUGAAAUUUUAUAGAAUUUAGUUUUAUAAAUAUUUAAUAUUCAUUUCUUAAUAUAAUACUUUUAUAAAUAAAAUUAAUAAAGUUAAAUAUUAAAAUAAAAUUAUUUAUUUAAUUGUAGAUAUAUAUCUAUUUUGUAUAAAAUUCGCAGUGGAGUGAAUAUCCAAUUCUAAAUUUUUUUAAUACUUGUGAUUUUCUUCAUUUUUAACGGAUAUUGAUUUUUAAUAUUUGUUUUGCUCCGAAAACUUAAAAAUAUUCGGAUUUUUGGACUGAAUCGAAACAAAUAAUAAAUCGAAUCAAAAUUAACGGAUUUAAUGUUCAGCCCUACAACUAUCAUUAGAUUUUAUGUGUAUAUUCUAAAAUUAAAAAUAAUUAAAAUAUUAACAGAAAAAAAAAACGGGAAAGAGGUGGAGAAGAGUGAAUUGCCAUGAU